AUGGGUGGUGGUGUUGCUCCUACCAGCGAAACCAAGACCGUUGUCGUGCUCGGUGUAGCCUACGGAGAUGUGUAUGUUAUGCCCAGAUAUGCCGUCCUACCAGGUCACGAAUACAAGGCUUUCAUCCCCUACACCAACGUCUUCCUCACUCCCGGGAAGAACCCCAAUCACAUCGUUCUCAAAGCCCAGGUUCUCUCCAUCCGCCCAAAUCACGUCACCCUCUCGCAAGCGUUCCCCGAGCACGGUUUCCCAACCACCACAAUCCCUUUCGACUACGCCGUUUAUGCACUGGGUGGCAGCCUCGCCGCUCCUCUAGACCUGUGGGGCUCUGAUCCUCGCACUUCCUUGUCCAGUGUGAAAGGAGAGGACCUGAAGAAGUGGGAGUACAAUGGAUUCAAGUCGGAAGGCAUCGAGUGGUUCAGGGAGAGGCAGAAGGUCGUUGAGAAAGCGCCCACUGUGCUCGUUGUUGGUGGAGGUGCUUUGGGAAUCCGUACGUCCCCACUAUCUCUACGUAUACCAAUACCGGAUACCAACCGCCAUUUAGAAUUUGCCACUGAUAUCAAGGCUGUAUACCCCGACAAGAAGGUUACCCUCCUCCAUUCGCGACAACAGCUCCUUCCUAAAUUCGAUGAGGCGUUGCACCAUGAAGUUCGUAAAACGCUCGAAUCCCAGGAGGUCGAACUCAUCCUUGGCGAGCGCCUCGAUCUUGACUCAGUAGAUCAUGUACUUGGUGCAGGCAAGGUUGUCAACGCGAAGGGCCAACGAGUAGUUCGAACCGUCACAGGACGGGAGAUCUCGGCUGACUUGCUGCUCCUCUGUGUGGGCCAAAAACCCAACUCCGGUUUGAUCGAGGCGAUGGACCCAUCCACCGUUAGCCCGUCGACCAAGCUCGUUCGUGUGUACAGGACGAUGCAGAUCAGCACCGAACCCGUCAAUGAAGUGGAAUCAGAUUUGGCGUCCGAGGUCAAGGAUAAGCUGAAGGUUUCGGAGGAGAGCUCGACGCCUUCAUCUGAAUCCACCACGUCUGAGUCCAAGAAGACGCCUGCGUACCCUCACAUCUUUGCCAUCGGAGACGUCGCAGAUGCCUUUGGUGCCAUCGCAGCCGGUCACAACGCUUACGCUCAGGGUGAAGUAGCGGCACGAAACAUCAUUAGAUUGAUCAAGCGGAGUGAGGCAAAGGCCGGUGGUAACAAGGAGGAAGAGGAAGCCUUGGAGCAGUACACCGCCGGCCCACCUGCUAUCAAGGUGUCUCUUGGUUUGAGACAUAGCGUUUACCAGCUCGGGGAUCUCACCGGAACCAAGGAUGAUGGUGAAGACGAUCUCCAGGCCGGUGCCAUCUGGCCAUUAUACGGUAUCAAGGUGGAGAAGGAUGAAGACAUGCUGCCUUGA